AUGGAAUCAAAUGCCCAGAACCAGACAUCUGCAGAAUUGCAGAAGAUACUGCUCUCAACUGAUCUGUCUUUUCUGAAAUCGACUUUCGAUGAGGAAGAUCGCAAGAAAGGUGCAUCAGUGGUACAGGAUUACGAGGAAGAGCUGGAUCUCGAUGAACAUACCAUGAACCGAUGGACGCCAUUGCUUCGCACCGCUAUCGAGAGUGAUACCCUCCAAGCUGUUGUGGACGACCUUUACAACUCGGUAGAGGACAACUUUGAAAAUCUCGAAACUCAUAUUCUUCAGGAUUCUCAGUUGAGCGACAAUCUGACAGCCUCUGUUAACCAAAUAGGCGCCAUAAAAGAAAUCAUUGAAGAGUCACUUCUUCGUGAAACUGCAGAUCUGCAAGUCCAAUUGACGCAAACCACCAACGAUGUGAUAUCUCGCAAGCAGAGCUACAUUAACAAUAAAAAGACAUCUACGAAAAUAUCGGAGUGCAUAAUUCUGAUUUCCAAGAUCCUGCAAAUUCUAGAGUUGUCGAACAAAUGUCAGGACCUCAUUCAAGAUGGAAGCUACUACAAGGCCCUUCAGAGUUUGAGUAGCCUGGAGACAAUCUACCUUCAAGACUUCAAAAAUUAUAACUUCGAUUUCUUGAAAACGAUAUAUGCAUCAAUACCGAUCUUGAAGUCUAAAAUCAAAGAUGAGAGUCUGAACUUGAUCAAAAGCUCCUUCAGCUCAAAUUUAGAAAGGAAGUUACUCUCCGUGAGCACCAAGUUUUUUGACUUUUAUAAUGAGACGCUUCUUCCUGAUUGGAGGAAUUCAAAAAAUGAAAUGAAGCUGGGUGCUUUCAAGUUCAACUCACCCGUAGAAAUAUCCCUUCGAGACACCGAAAAGGAGAGAACGUUAGAUCUUUCUACGCUGUUUCCUCUUGAUGAGUUUUAUGACUGCAUUUUGAUUUUUCAAAAUCUUAAAGAGAUUGACUACCUCUGUAACGAAUUCAAAAUCGAGUAUGACUUCAGGAUAUCAAAAGUGGCAUAUCCUCUGGAUUUGAAAGGACAUAACUCUGCCACCUCUACGGACCAAGGCUCGAAGAUCGCUGCAUCUUUUGGCGAUGAGUUUUCUUCAAGCGAGUUGAAAGAUUACAUGCUGAAGAUAUUAGGGUUUGUCAUAUACGACAAGCACCUAAACAAAUCUACUGAGUACCUGCUGUCUUACAAAAGCCUGAGUACAAGCGAAAACUUCUGGGAUUUAUUCAUCGUCAGAUUUUCCCCAUUUCUGGAAUACUAUAUUAAAAAGACUGUUAAUUCGGAGGAGGAUCUGAUUGAGUUCAAGGAUUUUUUGGGGGUUUACAUUGCGGUGUUGGAGAAUCUGAAUGCCGGGGUGGAACAAAUUAACAAGAUUCACAUGCUUGUUUUCAGGAAAUAUGCUGCACUACUAUUUCAGAUUUUUGACGCUGAGUUCACCUCACUUCUUGAGGAUGACGACUUUAUGCCCUUGACAGUAAACGAUCAGGCUUUAUAUCAAAAGGUCUUGAAAAUUUGCUGGCUCAAAGAUGGUGGUUCUGAAAAAAUACAAAUUGAAGGAGCCGAAUCGCCUGAGGGCUUUUUGGCUACCUUACCCUUUUCGCCCUUAUAUCCAAUGUCCUGCACCUUGGUGAAGAAGACGCACAACAACUUGAUUACAUUUUUGAGCGAAUUUUACCAAUACAACUUGAGCGAACUGAACCAGAUAGUGGUUCAGACAAUUGACGACAUUUUCACGAGGACGGUCAACUCCAGAAUCAAGUCGAAGCUCGACACGACUUCGAGAGAAGAAAUGGCUCAACUUUUGAUCAACCUUGAUUACUUCAUUAUUGCCGUGAAAGAGUUCAGUCAAAUCUUGAGCAGAGAAAACACAACGUUGAAUCCUGACGUUGAGCUUACUUUGAGCUCCAUCAAGGUUCUGACUGAUUUGAGAAAUUUCACAGAAACAAAACUCAUCGAAUUGAUAGACUCAAAGAUAUCAGAUUUGUUAGAAUUUGUUGAGUUCGAGUGGUCUUCAACACAAGUGGAAAGGGAGCCAAGCUUCUCCAUCAAAGACAUCGCACAGUUUUUGGAGAUGAUGUUUACCUCCACACUAGUCAACCUUCCUGACAGUGUAAAAACGCUUUUGAUUUUCCGCGAGUUUGACGUCUUAACGGGCAGGUUUUUAGACGUCCUUCUGCACUUCAGCCCGCCAGUACUUACUCCACAAAGUGUACUGAAUUUCGAAUUGAACAUGAGUUUUUUGGAAGGUAUAAUUUCCAAGCUUUUUCCUAGCGACGGAAGUCUUCCGUCCUCGCCAACGAGUCCGAACAUUGGCGCGCCGCUUUCAGCAGAGUCAGCCAGAGCAUCCAAUUUGACUGACAACACCAGACGCUCACUAUACUCAACAUUUACAGACCUCAGACAACACAUUGAAUUCUUAAAAUCUCCAGACAUCACUGAGUAUAAUGAUCCAAGUAUUCGCAUGAGAAAGUUUCCACGCAUCAAACCCGAGGUGGCCCAAAUGCUCCAUAAUAAGAUGAUAUCUCCAGUGUCGGCAGGACCCGACAGCGCAAAUUCGUCCUCGGUGGAUCAGAGUUUCGCAGACUCAAUCGGGUCUCACAAACGAUUGGCCAAGUUUUUCAAUCGAGCCUAA